ACCAGGCAGCAGCGGCAGCGGCAUCCUCAGCAUGACGGGCAAAGCCGGGGACGCGCUGGCCCACGCCAGCCUCCCCGCCAAAGGCAAAGCCCCCGAGGAAGGGGCCCAGCCGCUCCCCCCGCCUCCUCCCCCUCCUCCCUCGUCCACCAACGCCGGGAGCCAAGCCGGGCCCAAGCCGCCCUCUUCGGGCCCCGCCGCGGCGCCCCGCUGCACGGGCUUCGGCAUCCAGGAGAUCCUGGGCUUGAACAAGGAGCCCUCGCCGCUGCCUCCCGCCCCUUCUCCGCAGCACCAGGCCGCCUUGCUGCCGCCCCAGUCCCGCGGCGCCUUGGACGCCUUGCCCGCGGGGCACCUGCUCUCGGCUCGCGCGGUGGGCGGCGUGGGCCUGGGCCUGCUCAGCGCCGCCGGGGGCCUCCCGGGCUUCUACGCCCAGCCCACCUUCCUCGAGGUCUUGGCCGACCCGCCGGGGGUCCACCUGCAGCCCUUGGGACGCGGGCCCGCCCCUCGCAUGGACGCCGGCCAGACCGCCAGCUCAGAUUCAGAAGAUGUCUCCUCCAGCGACCGGAAAAUGUCCAAAUCUUCCUUAAACCAGAGCAAGAAGCGGAAGAAGAGGCGGCACAGGACAAUCUUCACAUCCUAUCAACUGGAGGAACUGGAAAAAGCAUUCAAUGAGGCCCAUUAUCCUGAUGUGUAUGCAAGGGAGAUGCUGGCUAUGAAAACAGAACUUCCUGAAGAUAGGAUACAGGUUUGGUUCCAGAAUCGAAGGGCCAAAUGGCGGAAGAGGGAGAAAUGCUGGGGCAGAAGCAGUGUAAUGGCAGAAUAUGGGCUUUAUGGUGCAAUGGAAUGCACAAAAAAUCUCUGGAGGCAGCGGCUGAGGCGGGAAGGAAGCCAGAGGUGGAGCGCCAGGCCCUGCCCAAGCUUGACAAGAGUGACAAGGAAGAAAGGGGUCCAGACUCCAAAACCACCAUUUCCCAGGAGGAACUCAGAGAGAACAGCAUUGCUGCCCUCAGGGCCAAAGCUCAGGAGCAUAGCACCAAAGUCCUGGGGACCAUCCCUGCAGAUCCUCCUAAUCCAGCCAGGAAGCCAGAGAACGAAGAACCGGUUACCACAAUGGAGGACGAACGGCAAUUGGAAAAAUCAGAUUUAUCACAAGAGGAAGAGAAGCUGGUUUAGAAUGAGGAAGAUGGGAAAACAGCUGUCUCCUCAAAGACCGAUUCCUCUAGGAACUAUGCCUUCUCUCAGACUACCAAGGUCCCUCUUGCAGUCCCUUCACAGCUACGGGGAAGUCUCACUUGGUCUCUGUACAUUUCAGGAUGUCACAGGCUAAGACCAUGUUCUGCUGGGUAUGUCUAGAGACUGGUUGCCCCUCUAAAGUGCAUUGUUCCUGCAAUCCUUGUCCUCAGGAAUGCUGUGGCUCUACGGCCUUCCCUUGUUUUAAAUGGGGAGAGGGCAAGGGGGCUAUAUACGAUCACGAUCUUAGUCCAAGAGGAAAACACAGCUUGCUAGGACUUUUUCCUCAACACCAGCCACCACACCAAGGCCAUGUCUUUCCUCUCUUUCCCUAUCAUUCAGUCUCUGUUGCCCCAUUCUCAGAGUACCUUCUGUAAUCUCACUGUAUUUCAUGGUCAGAGUUAACUUCUUUCUCCUCUCUGUCAGGUUCUUAGCUUUCCCAGGGAAGAAUGACCCUUUUCAUAUUUAUACAUUAAUUUAUGUAAAUAUAUGCGUGUUUUAAACUGCUCGUUGCCUAGCAUUGAAGCUUGUUUAAAAAGAAAGUCAUUCCCUCUUCCUAACAUCAGGCCAAAUCUAAAACUGGCCAGGUGACAACCCUACCUCAUAGCGAGCCUCGCCUUCAUGGCAAUAUCAAAAUUGUUGAUGAAAGAGGCCCAGAUACCCUUUUAGUGCAAUGUGAAUUUCCCUUGCAGAAAAAAUUGCUCAUUUGUGCCAUCCAGAUUGUACUAUCCCAAAAUACUCACCUAUAUUGCUCAGGUAGCAUUGCUAUCCCCCACUCCACUUGACCAAUAUCACUUUAGAGAAAAAUCUCUUGAAACAAUGCGGUAUUCCAUUGUACUGAACUAAAUUUUCCAUGUUUCUUUCCUGAGAGAGCACUGAAGUUGGAAAGGAGUGCUUAAUUUCUGAAACAAAUGUGUCAAGGCACGUUGGAGGUUAUAUUGUCUGACAUUGGAGCUUUGCUCCUUCCUCCCAAAUUUGGACAUAUAGGAUCUGCGUGGUUUGUUGACACGUCAAGGGAAAUGCAUUGUCCAUGCACUAUGUAACUUAUCUUAUUCUAUGGGUUUAUACCCAGUAUUGAGUACCAGUUUGUGAACCUUGUCCCAGUUUAAGGCUGGGCUUGUGCUCUGUAAUCUUGUAAGUAACAUCAUGGUUCUCAAAUAGAAGUCAAGAAAUAGCCACGUUUUGAGGGUGGAACUGUGUUGGAACAGCAUUUGACUCUCAAAUGAAUGUGUGAACUGGUAUCAUAGUGAUGCCUCAUGCUUAAUAUUAUAUAGAAGUCUUCCCAAUGGAGUUUGAUCACUCAGUUAUUCAAAGGUACACAUUACUGGUAUUUGCUUGCAAAUGAUAAGGAUAGAUUGCAAAACAAUCUACAUAGGACAAGCUGUUUGUGUGCACUUCACCUAUCUCUAUCAUGUACAGUUAAAUAUUAGUUGAACAUCAGUAACAAAACUGUUCAAUGCCACUAAAAUGAAGUAAAGCACUUAUUUGAUACUCCAAAUCCAAAAACAACAACAACAAAGCUUCACAUAGCCAAUGGCUUUCAAAAACAUUAAUAUGAUACACUGUCAUAAAGAAAUUCACUCACUUCCAUAGUGACAUCCUCUUCUAUUCUUCUAUGAAGGCUCACAUAUCCUUUCCUAUUUUUAUUUGCAACAAAGAUCUUUUUACCUGAAGUUGCUGUUUAUUUCUUUAUGAUUAAAUCUCUCCUUCCCACAUAAUCCUUAUCUAUCCCCCCCCCCCCCCGUUAUUUGGUGUGUUAGAUUAUAGACCAUGGUAUGUAAAUAAUGUACAUAUGGUGAGAAAAGUUGGUAUUUGAGGUGUUUAAGAUACAAAAUUGUAACAAUUAGUCAUUUGAAACCUGUGAUUUUUUUGGUGCCAUUUUCUGUAAAGAUAAAUCAGAAUAAAACUGAACUAAAGAUUGGCAAA